GCAUUCAAUGCAGUGACUAGUUUUUCUGGAAAUACUAUUAUCUGCUAUUUCUGUUUCCCAUUCUUCUACAUUCCUUUUUUAUUCUCUUCCUCUGUUAAGAUUGAACUACCCACACAAUCCUUGAUAUACUACUUUUCCUUGCUUCUAAUGUUGAAGGCCAACUAAGAAUUUCCCUAAUUUUCUUAUUUCUUAUUUUAUUUUCUUGCAGUUCUAGGGUGAACAUUUGAAUGUGGAGUACUUAGAACAAGAAUUUCUCAGCUCGGAGGCCUUAAGAUUUGAAGAAGAAGAAAGUACAAACUUCUCUACUCCAAGUUUAGAAGACAAAAUGCCAUUUCUCCAGAUGCUUCAAAGUGUAGAAACCCCAUCACUUUUCCCUUUCAAAGAACCCAACUUUCAGACACUUUUGAGACUCCAACACCUGAAAAAACCAUGGGAUGUAAUAAACCCUUACGUCUCUGAAAUGGAAAACCAAAUCCAAGUCUUAGAACUUGAAAGUUGCAUCACCCAAGAAAUAUUAGACUUGCAUUCACCGGUGAAAUCACAAUCAGAAACCAAAGACCUCCAAAACCCACAUUCAACUUCAUGCCUGGAAGGUGCGAGCUCAGAAUCCAACCAAGACCAACCCAACUCGGUAGAAAUCACUCACCCUAACCCACAAACCAGGCCUAAACACACCCAGUUCUCGAAAUCCCUUCCAGUCACUCGAGAAAGAAGAAAAAGAAAGCGAACAAAACCAACCAAGAACAAAGAAGAAGUAGAGAGCCAACGCAUGACCCACAUUGCAGUUGAACGCAACCGCAGACGUCAAAUGAACGACCAUCUCAAUGCUCUCCGUUCUCUCAUGCCUCCAUCUUACGUCCAAAGAGGUGACCAAGCAUCCAUUAUUGGGGGUGCAAUAGACUUCGUGAAGGAACUUGAGCAACUUUUACUAUCCCUUGAAGCCCAAAAGAGAAUGAGAAUGGAAAAAACCACCGUAGAGGGUUAUGAUAGCACCACGUCAAGUAGCUCCACCGACAAGGCAAACGGACUUUUGGCAGUGAGGCCACAAAUUGAAAAUUGUGACGGGGAAGUGAAAGGCGAGAACAAGUCAAGUGGGGCAAAGAUUGAGGUGAUUGUGAUACAAAAUCAUGUUAACCUCAAGAUUCAGUGUCCAAGGCGACCUGGUCAGUUGUUAAAAGCCAUUGUUGCACUUGAAGAUCUUAGGCUUACAUUUUUGCACCUCAAUAUUACUUCCUCCCAAACUACAGUUCAUUACUCUUUCAAUCUCAAGAUAGAGGAUGAGUGUAAGAUAGGGUCGGCGGAUGAGAUAGUGGCAGCAGUUCAUCAAAUAUUCAGUUACAUCAACGCUAGCUGAUUGGUGAAAAAAGUUGAGAUUAUUGGUUAGGAAGUGUGGAGCGGGUAGAGGUAGAAAAGAUGAAGAAAAAUGGAAAUGGAGAGGAGAGGAAGUAUUGUUGAAGCGUGAAGGGUGUAGUUGUUGUAGCAAAAGAGGUUGCAUUGCGGAACAAAGCAUAUGAUGUUUACGGCUGAACCUAAAAGAAGUUGCUUUGUUUGUUAAUUAUAAGAAAUUAAAAUAAAUAUGUUUAGUGUAAUGUAAUGUAUGUAAUUUUGUUAGUUAGCAAAUCUAUUAUUUAGGUUGUGGUUGUGGGUGAGAGAGAAUAGAUGGGACCGCAUAUCCUGCCCUGGUUGAACUUGAAUAUCUAAUUCUCAUGAUUACAAAUUGUGAAUGAUGCUUCUCUUUUUGUAUUGA